GUGUGGAUCCAAAAUAUGCUAAAUAAAGGGAGAAUAGGUAGGAGGAGGCACAGCUUAUGGGUGAUUGUGGUGGUAAUGUGGGUCCCUCUUCUUUCUCCCUCCCUCUGUCCCUCUGAAUCUCAGUGCUGAGUGAGACAACACCGUGCCUGCCCGACUCCUCAAAUCACUGUGGCAUUCUGUAAAAGCUGCAGGGAAGCUUGAUGUAAGAUCUGCAACCAGAGAGAAACGGGGUGAAGAAAAGGAGAAGAAAAUCCACUCAUAUUGCUGAACUGCAGAGACGCCACACAAGGAUUUUCCCGGUGUCUCCGGUCUUGAACAUCUGCACAGGUUGGUCUGCAGAGACAUGGAUAUUUUCAUGGAUUUCAGUGUGACCAGUAACAUCAGCCACGAAACAGGACAAGAAGGCAGUAAAAGCCAAGGACUCAACCGCAGCGACCCCCUGGACAGUUUCGUGGGCAUGGAGCUUCUUCUGCGUUUCAAACCCCUCUUCUUACCUCUCUACUGCCUCGUAGUGGCCGUGGCCGGGGUGGGAAACUCCAUCCUGUUGGCUUGCAUCCUGGCUGACAAGAAACUCCACAAUGCCACAAACAUUUUCAUCGGAAACUUGGCUGCAGGCGACCUGCUGAUGUGUUUGAGCUGCGUUCCUCUGACUGUGUCUUAUGCCUUCGACAGCCAUGGCUGGGCCUUUGGGAGGCCCCUGUGCCACCUGGUCCCCUUGCUGCAAUGUGCCACGGUGUUCGCCUCAGUGCUUUCACUCACUGCCAUCGCCGUGGACCGCUAUGUUGUUGUAGGUAAGGGCAAUGGAAGUAACUACAAUGUCUGUGUUUGUUUCCUUUCUGUGUCAGCUCACCCGGUUCGGAAGAGGAUUUCUGUGUGGGGCUGUGGUGCAGUGACUCUGGGUGUAUGGCUCUUAUCUCUGGCUCUGGCCGCACCUCCCUCUCUCUAUACUCGGUAUGUGGACCUGCGGCCGAGUGGUAUCGACUUGGUGGUUUGUGAAGAAUUCUGGCCAAAUAGUGGCAAUCUGCGGCUGCUUUAUUCCUGCUUCAUCCUCAUAGCCUCCUAUAUGAUCCCCCUGCUGUCCGUCAGCAUGUCCUACUGUGCCAUCACUGUCAGCCUAAAGCGCUAUUCAAUACCCGGGGAGCCAUCCAACAGUCAGCAGCGCUGGAGCCAAAGGAGGAAGAAGACCUUCUAUCUUCUGGUGGCCUCAGUUCUGGCCUUCGCCCUGUGUUGGCUACCACUGCAGGUCCUGAACCUGUUGCUGGACCUGGACCCGGACUUCCACUUCAUAGGGAAGCGCUACAUUAAUGUCUUACAGGUCUGCUGCCAUUUAGUAGCUAUGAGCUCUGCGUGCUACAACCCGUUCAUCUACGCUUCACUGCACAGCAAAGUCCGCAUGCACCUGAAAGGCUACCUCUGUCCUUGCCGCAAGCGUCAGAGCGCAGUGCUGGAGACGGCGACAUCAAGGAGCUGAUUUCAACCUGUGUCUGCUACUACUACUAUUGCUGCUAAUACUACUACUGCUGCUGCUGAUAAUACUACUACUACUUCUACUGAUGCUACUACUACUACUACUACUACUACUACUACUACUACUACUACUACUACUACUACUCACAAGCUAACACCUGCAACCCUAAAAUGGAUGUUAAUGAAAUAUGAAGCUUCUCUGCAUAUAUACAUUUAAAUAAUUUUUACAUCAUUUUGUGACUUGUACAGUGUUACCAGAGGUAAUUCUAAAUAAGGUUACUUAUUACAAACAGGAAAAGAUCAAGUCCAGACUGGCGUUCAUUUUUAUGAUGAAGAAGAUUAAGUCAUCCAUUCGGAUCCCUGUGCUUUUCUUGGAUGGCUGAGCUGCUGGUGUCAACAUUAAGCAGAUGCUGCAGCAUAAACAUACUCUUUGGCUCUGACUUGUGCUGGAUGCUGAGACCAGGGAUGGUUACUGAGCUCACAGAGUCUGGUUUUAUGUGAACACUAUACGCUUGACUUCACGGGAGACAUGGAUUUGGAACAUGAAGACAAGGCUAAAGACAAAAUGUGAUUUAAAUGUCUCUUAUAUCCUAUUUCAGUUAUGUCAUAUUAUAUAUUAUGGCUAACAUAUAACAUAUCUUCUACAUUAUAUUAGAUUGCUCUCUUAAAAUGCACAUGUUUUACCUGCUAUUUUACUUUCAUUGUGUUAUUUGGCUCCAAUGUCUAACUGUGCACACAGAUAAAUAACUGUGUGUUUGUGUGUAUGUAGCAGUACAGUUGUGUGGAUCUAGGCCUGUAUGCAGCAGUAUAUGCAGCUGAAAUCUUAAAAGCCCUGCUUGUGAAAUGUAAUCAGUUCUAAAUAUAUAAUGGCUGAAUGGCUGAAUGGCAGUGAGGCUAAUAAACGGAGUCUCAUUGCUUUGGCUCUGUCUGGAAAACAAGAUUUACACAAUGAUCAAUUCAAUAUUCAAACCAUGAACAAUAAAGCCAGCCAUCAGUGUCGGUGUUCUGACGCCACUUCUGUUGCAUUUCCAUCAACUAAGAUUAAUCAUUUUUUGUUUAUCAAGGUCUGGCAAUCAAGUCAAUUUCAAACACAUCUCCUGUGAAAAAGAUUCACCAUGAGAAGCAGCUCUUUUGAUCCAAAUCACAUUUAGGCCACGUGGAUACUUAGUUAUUAUGAGGUCUACAGUUUUCACAAUUAUUAUUACUGUUUAUGAUUUUAUGAUUUAUGAUUACAUUUAUGAUCGUUUAUUAUUUUUUCCGCAAUUAAAUGGAAGGUUGCAUCUUUGCAUUUCACACAAUAAAAGCAUUAUAGCACACAGCACAUUGUCUGUCUGCAGAAAUACCACAACACUGUGUGUUCCAUCCGCCCACAAAGGGGUGGCACAGGAGGCUUGAACCAAAAUAACCAGAAUCUAUUGGUCAGCCUACUGACAGGAACCAAGUGACCCAGUGUAGCUUUAGCUGAAGGUGACAAGACCCAGAUUUCCAGCCAAUGCACCUGAGGCCAACUGUCACCUUUCAACAAUCACAUUACUUUGCUGCUCAGCAGACGAGACUGCGGUCAACUCCACUCAGUCUGAUUCUUUCCCUGGUGGUGAUUCUGAGAGGGUCUGCAGGAGUCACUGCUCCGUUCUUCACAGGGGAGGUCAGUUCCUCAACUGCCCUCAUACCAGGCACAGUGUCCGUUCCUUGGUUAUCAUCUAUCUUCCAUCUAUCUACCAACACUCUGAUUAUUUGCUGAAUGUCAUUUGUGGUCAUUUGACUGACAUACCCACAUCACACAUCAUCACAUUCUGUUGCUUUUGAUGCAUUUUUCAGCUGAGUCGUUUCCUCAUUUCAAACCAGAGCUGCUUGAAGGGGAAAAAAUCUAAUAUUUUGAAGAAUAAGGUUGUUUAUGUUGUAAUUUUACAUGAACAAAGUCCUAAUUUUAUGAGAAUAAAGUUGUAAUUUUAGGUUACAUGUCAUUUUAAAAGGGGGGAUAUCAGCCUGUCACCUGCAUUGAAAAUGAGGAGUGUGAAGCAUCUUGAUCAGUUAUGAUGCGGCUCUUAAAAAUAAGAAACUAAAAUAAACAAAUAGCCAACAAACUGUGCAAAAACAAUUACACGUAAAUUAUUGCACUGUGGACGUAAAAGUCCAAAUUAAAGUAUUAUUUUUCUGCCUCUCACAGCAACAAGUGUGACGCUAUGAUGUAGAAAAAUUCCAUUCAAACAACACAAAGAUGAAAAAUAAUUAGGAUGCAGAGUUGAUAUUUUGUCCUCUUUUAAUUAUAGAGAUCAAGUUCUGACUUUCUGUGUCCACAGGACUGAGAACUGCACCAGUUUAUUCUCUUCAUGUGGUUGAUUUUCAUGAAUAUGCAAACUUUAAUGUUUAACCUGACACAAGGUUGAGUGGAUUCUGGCUGAGACCUGUUUGUAUAAACAAACUAAGCUCCCUAAUGUGAUGAGUUAGAAUUACGUUCCCCCAUAUACUGUGGUUAAAGUUUGUUGUACAUAAACUUGCAUGAGUGUUCAAGCACAAUGACGCAAUUAAAAAGAGAGAAAGUAACCGGCUGGCUUUAUAUUUAUGCAGGUGUCAAAAUAUGUCGUACUUGUUUGUUCAUUCAUUUGUGUAUGAAUUAAAAAUGUGGGGAAAUA